UGAGCUCGUUGUUCAACCAUGGCGGUCUCACCUGCCACCCUGUUACGGAGUCGGAGAUGAGUGAAGAAGCUGAGACCACUAUUGUUGUCCAUCAUCUACAAACAGAUUGUGUUAAUACAGACUGCGAUUUGCUGUUCGAUAUGACGGGAGGAAUGGUGAUGAGCCCCCAAUGGAUGGGCUUUUCUGGCGAAGAACCGUUGUACCUUACGCCCGACAUGGGGAUGAGGGGAGGAAUGAUGAUGAGCACGAGUCCCCCAAGGAUGAACUACUUUUCCCCGCCGUCCGGUGAUUCCGAUCCAUUUAUAUUGUGGAAUUUUGCAGAUCAUAAUGAUGCUCAAGAGUUUGAGAAUAGGAAGGGAAUGAUGACGCGGCCAACUUGGAAGCAGCAGCAGCCGCCGUGUAUAGAAGAAGUUGGUGCUGCCAGAGCCAGUGCCACUCUCGCUGGUCUCGUUGAACGCGUUUGUCUCCCUCAUCUCUUCAUUCUCGAUCUCAGUUCUUGUAAAUGCCUACGGGAUGUGAGACCCUCACCCUCGCUCAAUAGUCUCACCUCUCCCAGUAGUUAUUGUAAGCCAGGGCUGCCAGGCGCACUGGGUGUGACACCAUGUCUGCUCAGCUUGGAAUGGCUGUGUCAGAAUAUGGUUAUAGAGUUAGGGAAUGGAGAACAAAUAAUAAAUGUCAAGCAGGCAGCCGCAUAUUUACAACUUGAUUUUUCCUCCGAAAACAAUUAUGCCGUGUGCAGUUCACGAGCACUUGAGCUAGAAAGCUGGGGAGGGAUGAUAAUGGAACGGAUCUCAGUUAGUCACCGAUGGCGGUAUGCAUUCUGCUCAAAAACGCAACCUUGGAAUAUGGUUUUAGAGGUACUGGAUGUUGUAGUAAGCCUGCUGUUGUGUUUAGGGACAAACAAUUAUUCCUUUGGGAUUUCGGUAAAUGAUGAUUGCUCCUUCUCCUCAUCCUCCGUUAAUUCAAAGAUGCACUCGUUGCUCUACUUUGAAAGGACGUGCCUAGAAAUGCAGCACCAGAAUAGUUUGGAAAGGCAGUUUGUAGACCACUUUGAGAGGCUUGUUCAAACAGGGGUUUUAGAGUUACUGAGUGGGGAAGAAAUCAAGCUGCGGUAUUUGCAAGAAGAAGUUGGUACUGCCUCCCAAAAGAAUCACAGUGUUAGCAUUUUGCCAGCGCUACUUGGAGCAGAAAGCAGGAUGAUGCAACUGGACUCACCAUGUGAAGCCCAUAAUCCCAAAUCCAAUGCAACAAAUGAAGGAAGGAACGUUGUUGUUGUUGGAUUAAAAAGAACUGAUGCCAUAGUUAGCUCAUCUACAUUCAAGCGAGCACGUCGGGACUUUGGCAUCACUAGACACUCUUUAGAAGAAGUUGGUACUGCCUCGGAUGAGAAUCAUACUGCUGACAUUUGUCCUGCAGUUGAAGCACAAUAUGAUGCUGCAGGGAGGGAAGGGAUGCUGCUGCUGCAACAGGAGGACUCAUCUUCUGAAGCCCACAUUCCCGAAUCCAGUGCAACAAAUGAAGAAAGAAAUAAUGUUGUUGUUGAGUUAAAUAAUAGCAUUGAUGCCAAUGGUGGAAACAGUAGUUCAGAGAAAACAGACAAUAUCAGCAGGUGGGAGAAAGAUUAUGGAAUUACCCGCCAGCUUCUUGAACAACUGUUUGGUAAGAAUCGCGAUGAUGCUGCUAAAACUCUUAAAGUUAGCAUAUCUACAUUGAAGCGAGCAUGUCGGGACUUUGGCAUCAAUAGAUGGCCAAAUCACAAGGGAAAAAAGCCCAAUUGCUCUCUCAACCAAAAUCAACAUGUACAAGCUGUUAAGAAACAUAAAGGAAUUCAACCUGCAUGUCCUGCUCUGCCUCCUCUACAACCCACAAAUACAAGCGAAUGUAACACCACAAUGUCUGUCAAGGUAACCUAUAAAAAUGAUACCAUAAGGCUUCCGCUCUCAUCCUCCUCAACUAUCAAAUAUUUGGAGGAGCAAUUGGAAACAAAGUUCAAAAUAUCACUACAAAAUAUGUCUAUCACGUAUCAAGAUGAGGAAGAUGAGUGGAUUACCCUGAUGUGUGAUUCGGGAUUGUUGCACGGUCUGGAUGUGUUGAGAUCAUGUGGCAAGACUGUAAUCAGAAUGAUGGUCACCCCCAAAUGUGGAUGAAGGACUUCAUUUUGCUCCUCUUCUCUCCCCUACUUACUUCCAUUUCUUCCUUCUGGUGUUGGAACUAUUCUACGUUUGUUUAGUAACUAGUUUUAUGUGUUUUCUUCCCUUUGUACUCGUUGUAAUGUUAUACGUACAAUAUAACAUACUCUUGU